AGAACCAAGAAGGCUACGCGCGCGGCCGCGUUCUAACCGCAUUGCCAUGAAGUACUGCGCGCACACAAACGUCGCCAUUAACUCACCGCUGAAGGCAGAGGGAGUGUUGCUCGCAACUGGCCGAGCAAAAGUAAUCUUUUCCCUCUCCUUACAGAGUUUCUAUUUAUCUUUCUGGCCGUAUAGUUUCUCAGACUACUUUUUACUGAACUUCAAGCGACACCUGGAAAUUCUGGUUUCUUCAAGCUAACGCUAGCUGCUAAAGUCACUCGGAAGUAUUUCUGUAGUGCCGCGGCUGGGUUUCAUCUCAGUAACCCAGACAGCAGCAUGAUGAAACGGACUACUCAGUGGUGCCGAACCCCGACUCCCUGUGGGGUAACCUCCAGAAAGAUCUCCUUCCAGGCCAGGAGAGGACUCAGUCUUAAAAGAACCAGCAACAUCCAGGAUCAACGGGGUCAACCAGGAAAGUGUUGCUGCAGCAAUGAGAUGUAUUGCCUUAGAAAGACUUUGCAACCAAUAAUUGUCGUUCAGCAAGCUGAAAUGGAAUCAUACUUUAAACUUUUUGAUGACGACCAAAUCCAUGACUUUUUGUUGAUGGACUCUUGCUGUAGAAUGACUGACAAGUAUCUUCUGGCCAUGGUUUUUGUCUAUUUCAAACGGUCACGUUUGACCAUUGCAGAAUACACCAAGAAGAACUUUUUCAUUGCACUGUAUCUUGCCAACACCAUGGAGGAAGAGGCGGAGGAGAUUAGAUAUGAGAUUUUUUCCUGGGCACUGGGUGAGACCUGGAGGACGCAGUUUCCACAAUUUAUCAAGCAGCGGGACAAGUUUUGGGUGCGCAUUGAGUUCAGAGCAGCUGUCAGCAGGCAUUGCUGUGAAGAGGUGAUGGCCAUCAUGCCAUCUCACUUUGUGUGGAAACGAGAGCGCUCAGAGAAACACAGUGGCGCUCAGAGGCAUUAUGAGGAAAGAGAGACAUCCUGUCUUCCACGCAGGUCGGCAGCCUCUCCAAUCCCUUGGUUCCAGUGCAGCUGCAAGAGCACAUUCAAUCAUCAGCUGCACCUCUCUUUACCUAGAAGCUCUGAGCAGAGCUGCAACCCUACACUUCCUCUCACCAGUCAGCUGAGUUUGGAGGAAACCCUACCCAGGGUCAGGGCUGCUCGCACGGGUAUAGUUGAAACCAGUGACCAAACCCAGCAUUCUUCCCAAUGCAGUGAGUCAAAGAGUCUUCCAACUCCUCUGUUAACGACACUUCCAUGGACUGGAUCAACAGAUAAGCUGUCAUCACAUCUGCAUCGUUCUCAUCGUCGUUCAAUUUCCCACCUUGUGGGCACAAUUAAAGCUUCUAGCAAAUGCAUCACUAAUGGGAGUGUUAACAUUCAAGAUUAGUGUUGUCUGUAAAACACUAAAUAAUAUGGUUGAAAAGCUUCUCUCACACUGUUCUUGGAAUGCAUAAAUUUAUUUAAAUGCUUGCAGUACAACAACUACCUGUAAUUAAGCUUCAUGCACAAUGUUUAACAUAAUAUAACAUGAAUAGUACAAUAUGGUGGCACAUACUCGAUGUUGGUGUUUUGAAUUGUCAAUAAAGACUAUCCUUCUGAAAUUCCUUUUUUUUUUCUCUUAAUUGCUAGUAUAACACACACACACACACACACCUAA